GGCGGGGUCUAGACUGGGAAACGGGGGCUGGGCCUAGAAGAUCCCGGGCCUCUGUGUGGACGCAGUGGUUCUGCCUGGAGGCUUUCGUCAUGGUGGCGCCCGUGUGGUACUUGGUAGCGGCGGCUCUGCUAGUCGGCUUUAUCCUCUUUCUGACUCGCAGCCGGGGCCGGGCGGCAUCAGCUGGCCAACAGUCACUGCACAAUGAGGAGGAGCUGGCAGGAGCAGGCUGGGUGUCCCAGCCUCGGCCCCUGGAGCCUGAGGAGUUACGAGCUGGAAGCAGGCCCCGGCGCCGGAGGGACCUGGGCAGCCGCCUGCAGGCCCAGCGGCGAGCCCAGCGGGUGACCUGGGCAGAAGCAGAUGAGAAUGAGGAAGAAGCUGUCGUCCUAGCCCAGGAGGAAGAAGGCAUCGAGAAGCCAGCAGAAACUCACCUGUCAGGGAAAAUUGGAGCUAAGAAACUGCGGAAGCUGGAGGAGAAACAAGCACGAAAGGCCCAGCGUGAGGCAGAGGAGGCUGAACGUGAGGAGCGGAAACGCCUGGAGUCCCAACGCGAAGCUGAGUGGAAGAAGGAGGAAGAGCGGCUUCGCCUAGAGGAGGAGCAGAAGGAAGAGGAGGAGAGGAAGGCCCGUGAAGAGCAGGCCCAGCGGGAGCAUGAGGAGUACCUGAAACUGAAGGAGGCCUUUGUGGUGGAGGAGGAGGGCGUGGGAGAGACAAUGACUGAGGAACAGUCCCAGAACUUCCUGACAGAGUUCAUCAACUACAUCAAGCAGUCCAAGGUUGUGCUCCUGGAAGACCUGGCUUCCCAGGUGGGCCUACGCACUCAGGACACCAUAAAUCGCAUCCAGGACCUGCUGGCGGAGGGGACUAUAACAGGUGUGAUUGACGACCGGGGCAAGUUCAUCUACAUAACCCCAGAGGAACUGGCCGCCGUGGCCAACUUCAUCCGACAGCGGGGCCGGGUGUCCAUCGCCGAGCUUGCCCAAGCCAGCAACUCCCUCAUCGCCUGGGGCCGGGAGCCCUCUGCCCAGGCCCCAGCCUGAUCCCAGUCCUUCCCUCUUGGACUUAGAGUUGGUGCGGCCUACCUGGCUAUACGUCUUCAUCCCUCCCCACCAUCCUGGGGAAGUGAUGGAGUGUGGCCAGGCAGUUAUAGAUUAAAGGCCUGUGAGUACUGCUGA